UUUUGUCCCAUUUCGUUAGUCAGUACCCAUCUCCUCCUUCCUUCCCCACCACCACCACCACCAUCGUAUUCCCUCUCUUCCACCAUCCCGCCAUCAACUACCACCACCUGGUACUUGACGAAAACAAAAGAAAUUUUCAUCUCUGCAAACUGUUUUGUUUCUCGGAAAAUCAUCUGUUUUCUCAACCUCGAUUGGAAGAUCGUGAAAGAAACCCUUCGUCACCCCCGGACCAUACUCCCAGGUUUAUGUGCUUUUCAAGUUAGUAUUUAGCCAACUAGUGAAGAUAAAUGGAGAUCAGUGUUGUGUGUGUGCCCUUUUGGGGUGUGGUAUCUAGUCUGAGGUAGUGAAAUGGAAAAGCAAAAAGUAGAUGAGAAUGAGCCAGUGCCAGUUCCGGCAGUGAGAGUGGACAGAUUUGGAUUUGUAAAGCAAGACCAUAGUAAUUCUCCGGAAGGUUUAUCCAGGACUAGAUCAGCUUUUGAGUACGAGAGGGAGGAAAGAAGAAAUAGAAAAUGGAGAAAAAUGAUUGGGGUUGGAGGGAGUGAUUGGAAGCACUACGUAAGAAGGAAACCUCAUGUUGUCAAACGGCGCAUAAGAAAAGGAAUUCCUGAUUGUCUGAGGGGUCUUGUUUGGCAGUUAAUCUCUGGAAGUCGUGAUCUCUUGCUGAUGAACCCCGGGGUUUAUGAGCAACUAGUAAUAUACGAGACAUCCGCUUCAGAAUUGGAUAUAAUUCGAGAUAUAUCCCGUACCUUCCCUUCACAUGUUUUCUUCCAGCAGAGACAUGGACCUGGUCAAAGGUCUCUCUACAACGUUCUGAAGGCAUAUUCUGUGUAUGAUCGGGAUGUUGGCUAUGUUCAGGGGAUGGGAUUUGUAGCUGGCCUUUUGCUUCUCUAUAUGAGUGAAGAAGAUGCAUUUUGGUUGUUAGUUGCAUUACUGAAAGGAGCUGUCCAUGCCCCCAUGGAAGGUUUAUAUUUGGUGGGGCUGCCACUAGUACAGCAGUAUCUUUUUCAGUUUGAAAGUUUAGUAAGAGAGCACUUGCCUAAGGUCGGAGAGCAUUUUACCCAAGAAAUGAUAAAUCCUAGCAUGUAUGCAAGCCAGUGGUUCAUAACUGUUUUCUCAUACUCUUUCCCGUUCCAUUUGGCUCUCAGAAUUUGGGAUGUCUUUCUUCAUGAGGGUGUUAAAAUCGUGUUUAAAGUUGGUUUGGCCCUAUUGAAAUAUUGCCAUGACGAAUUAGUAAAAUUACCCUUUGAGAAACUCAUACAUGCUCUGCGUAAUUUCCCUGAAGAUGCGAUGAACCCGGAUACCCUCUUACCCAUGGCCUACUCAAUCAAGGUAUCAAAGCGUUUGGAGGAAUUGAGGCUCGAAUACGAAAAGAAAAACGGGAAACAAGCAGAACCCGGUGGGAGGGCGAAACAGCAGUCGCCUGAAACACAUUAAAGCAAGGUACCCUUCACAGUUGAGAAGAGCUAAGCCAACUAUUCGAUACUUGUACGCUGAUUUUUCUAUCCUUUUGAUCGUACAAACAAUAUUAUUUGUGAGACUGGAUUCGUCAACAGUUUCGUUCCUUGUGAUGCAUUUCAUUGCCUCUUCUGUGGAAAACAGUUUGUUGUCUUUGGCUACGACCUUGAAACUGAUGGUUUAUAGUGGUUUCACCUAUCCCGCUUCCCAGGAGUUAAGUUUUUCAUUUUCCAUAACAUCACAAGGUGAAAACAAAACAAAUCUUUUCUGAGAAACGUUUUCUGGCUAAGCAGACGGGAGUGUUGGUAAGAUUUACAUGUGAAAUCUUGUGCAGGAUAAGGUGGCCUUGUGGCAAAGUGGCAUCUGCUCAGUUCUGAUAAGAAGUUGGACCACUGAAGAAAGGAAUUGAGCAGAGGUGUUUGUUGUCCAUAAAACUUAACAAAUCACAAUAACAACCUCAACUUAAGGUUGGGUUGUACACCAGGUUAACCGCUAUCCCUUGGCUUAGUGGUAAGGCUCUGGGCUUAUGAGUUUGCUCUUUUUUAAGUUUCAAGUUUGAAAUAUGUUGGAUGCUAUAGACACUUUCGAGACCAAUUCAUACGGGGAUGCUGACUUGAACACUUUGAAUUAUUCGUCAGAGGUGACUUGUAAGUCGUCUUUUUUUUUUUUUUGAUCCAGACUUGUUAGUCGUUUGUUAUGGUCUUAUAUAAUACUCCACUAGAUUGUAAAAGCAGUUUCAUAACAUCCAUAAUCUAUUGAAUUAUUCUGGACA